AUGGCCUUUUUCGGAUCAUUGAUGGGUGAUCUCAACGAUGAUCCUGUUUUUGGGUCUCAUAUGCAAUCUAUGAGGAACAUGAAUGACGUGAUGGCAUCUUUGCUUCAUGAUCCAUUUGGUAUGCUAAGUAAUCCUGGCCACCACCUUACUGCAAAUGGCACCCAUAGGAGCGUGGGUCAUCAGAAUAAUCUUCAGAUAUUACCAUUUGGAUUUCCACCAAUGCCAUCAUUUAAUAUAGGCAAUGUGUUUUCAGACUUUGAUAAUAUGGCGCAGAGUGGAAAUUGUCAUUCAUUUACUUCGAAAUCUGUAAUGACAUUUGCUGGUAACGGUCAACCGCAGGUGUAUCAAGCAACUAUGUCCACAAGAACUGCUCCUGGUGGUGUGAAAGAAACAAAAACAACAGUCUGUGAUUCUCGUACUGGAACAAAAAAGAUGGCUAUUGAACAUCAUAUUGGAGAUAGAGCACAUAUCUUAGAGAGAGAACAUAAUCUACACAGUGGUGAACAGGAAGAACGUCAAGAAUUUAUUAAUCUUGAUGAAGAAGAAGCAGAGAGUUUUAAUAAUGAAUGGGAGUCACGUGUCCGUCGUUAUCAUGGUGGUAAUUCUCAUUAUAGUAGCCAUGGUCAUCAAAAUCGAUCUGAUCAUAGGCAGUUGGCUUUACCUGAUGCAUCAGGAAGUCAAUAUUCUAAUUCCUCAAGAUGGGCACCUUCUCCUAGAUGUAGUCUAAGACCACCACCUUCAUUUAGAACAUACAACCCCAUUUCCAAUUUAAGGUACAGCCGCAAAUAUUAAUAAAGUAAAAGCAUAGUACACAGUGGUGACACUUAUGCAACUUCGAGUUCUUCCACAAAUAUUCAAGAUACUAAUUUUACGUCAGCAACGACUACGAAUGUAGUAGGAAACCGAAAACGCAAACAUAUACCGGAUGAUGAAGUUUGGAAAAAGUGUCAUGUUGUAUCAGAUAGUAAUAUGUAGAUCAAUCAUUCAAACUAUUACCGAUGGUACUGCAGAACUUCGGUAAAAUUCGUAUCAUUUAAUAAUAUUAUAUUAGAUCUAAAAGUGUUUUACAAAUAAUUUCUUAUAUCAUGUUCUUAUAGAUUUAAGUGAAUCGUAAUUUCUUAAAGAUUUUUCUGCAAAUAAAAAUAAAAAAGCUAUUUUUUAGAUCAUAUAAUAAGUACUUUACCGAAGUUAUGCUGCAGUUAUUUUCCAUUUUACAUAUAGACUUACUGAUUCUUAGAAUCUUUAUGAAUGAAUAUCAUAUGUGUAGAAAUUCUAUGAAAUAAUAUAUAUCAAUGUAUGAAAAGUAUGAGAGUAAGAAUGUUAGAAAAUAUGUAGGUUUAUUUCGAAUAAUAUAAAAAAAGUAUUAAUCAUUUCUCAUAAAAUUUGGUUUAUGAACAGAAAUAUGUUUUGUUUGGAAAUGUUGGAAUGUUACUAAGGUGUUACUUUUUAGGUUUUAAUAUAUUUGAUCUUUGUGAGAUUUCUUUGUCUAAAAAA